GGAGAGCGAAGGCGAGGGCAAAGACGGAACAGCAAUUAACGGGACUGAGAGACACGAACGCCCUUUUCGCCACAAGCUAUCCCUUGCGAGGAGCCGCUGAUGGCAACACAGCGGCCGGGGCGGCGCUCGGGCCAGGCAACGCGCCGCCGCAGCUGGUCCCGCAGCUGACUCGCGCUCGCCCGGCGACUCGCUCGUGUUCUUGUCGGUGUUUGCGUUCGUCCUGAAAGUGUGGUUGGAGGAAGGCCUUGCUCUGCGUCAGCGGCUGCUCAGAUCGCGUGCCUCGGGCCUUCCGUCGGCGCGUGCCCGCUCGACUGCCAGCGCCGAGGACCUGCUUCGUGGAGCGCGGGCGCGGGGGCGGGGGCGGAGCCGGAGAGGAACCGGGGAGGAGCGAGCCAACUGAAGGAGCAAUUUCCUGGACGAAAGGAAAAGCCUAUACGGUCGCGUAGGCUGAAGAGGUUGCCCGGACCUGCGGCCGCCUUGCAAUUGCCGAAAUCUUUCUUUAAAUCCGCAAUUCGUGCAUCUCCGCGAGGCGCCCCGUGGCCUCCGAGGACGCCGCCUUCAGCGCGGAGGCUCCCCGCGCCCCGAGGAUGGCUUCCCCGCCGCUCACGGCCGGCGCGACGCGGCUCACCAGAGGCGCCGUCAAUGGCUUCCGCCUCCAGGUGGCGGUCGGCACCGCGGGCCGCGCCGUGCUUGCGCAGGCGGCGCAGUGGCUGUACCGAGGGGGCCCUUGCGUCAAGGCCUAUUUCCUCGGCCUCGGACACCAAGAGGCGGAGUACAGACGCGUGUUCAACAGUGAACAAAGAGCGAUAUUGGAGAGCGGUGCGCCCUUCGAGGACUACGGGCUGCCCCUGCUCUUCCUCGUCCUGCAGCGCGUGUGCGGACUCGCCGGGCCGGGCGACCCAGCCUGGGCGUGCCCCCCCGCAGGGCAGCCCCUGGAGCAUCUCCUCCAUAAGCUCAGCCAGAAGCAGAUCAGCAUCGCACGCUCGGAAGACGUUCAGCUGAUGUCGGACCAGAAGCUGAAGAGGGAAUUGGGAAGACUUCGGCGUCUCCUCUCGAGGAUCCUCAGGCUGGCGGGGAGCCGGUGCGGGAUUCCCCCCCAUGUCCUUCGUGACGAGGUCUGGCAGGUCAAGCAGGAUUUGCAGGACCUUACGAAGAAGGUCAGAGAGCCUCUCCAGAGCUUCGAAAUGAACAACCUCCCACAACUGCAGCAGGAAAUCCAAGUAUUUAGGGAAACUCUUUGGCGAAAUGUGCAGGAGCGCAGUCGGCAGGAGUUGCGCGACCUCUACCCUCAGCUUUGGGACGUGGCUCUCGCGCACUGGCUGUAUCCGGAGCUGACAGUCCGACCGAGUAUGAAUUUUACGAACUUGCUUAUCCUGGAAAAUACGGCACACUCUCAGGAGCAAAGCUUUCGUGACUUGUCCCUGGAGGACAUCUUGCAAAUCGCCCUCCCAAAUGGAAGCCUUCCUGAGGUGAUCCUAAUAUCAGGUGAAGGGGGAAUAGGGAAAACCACAUUGCUUAAAUAUAUGUUGGAGAUGUGGGUGAGAGAUCCUUUGCAAAUCAAGGGCCUUCAGGACGUCUCGCCCCUCCUCUACCUGCAACUGCGAGGUUCCACCAUCAGCAGCUGGAAGGACUUGCUAAAGAACGUCCUUUGCGACACGUUUCAGGAGUCUGGCCUUGCGUGUGACUUCUUUGUUGAUCUCUUUCGAGAAAUGCAAGUUGUCGUGCUUCUGGACGGUUACGAUGAGGUUACAGAAGAGGCACAGAAACUCGUGACUGAUCUUGCGACGCACCAAGGAAGCGUACGUGUUGUGAUAACCACUAGGCCAAGUUGUCUGAAAGAACUAAGCAAGAUCGUGAACAAAAAACAAGUAAUGCACAUUGAGAUCAGGGGAAUACGUCAGGAAGAUCGUCCUCACUUCGUGGAAAGCACUUUGGCUGCUCUCGUCCAGGACCCCCUUUGCAGGAGUGCAAUGGAGGAGAAGGUCACCAAACGGCUUCAACAGCUGGCUCUGGCAAAGGUGGAUCUGGCCGUUCCUUUAACCUUGGUGCUACUGAUUAUGCGAGAGGUCGAGGCACCGGGUCGGAGUUCAUACAGCAUUUAUGAGGAUUUGACGAACCUCAUGGCAGGAAAGAUCGAAGAGAGAUUGGUAGUGAAGGGCAUUGAUGAAGCUGACGACAAAAUUAAAGAUUACCACGAGUUCCAGAAGGCAGUUGCUCUACGAUGUUUGAAGAAACAUGAACAUGACUUGUUGCCAGAAACAGUCGAGGCUCUGAUAGCAAAGUGUAACGUCCUUGAUCUACCGUAUAUGGAAAUUUUAUCUGGAUUCCUCAUUUCGAAGAAAUGUCGUCAAGGUCUGUUUGUCGUCCAAGUUUGGUCCUUCCCGCACAACCGGUUUCAAGAACACUGGGCAUCAAGUCAUAUUGCCACACAGUUAUCAAAGAUGUCCCGCUCACUGCCAGACAUGACUGGCUUGUUGGAUUUUGCUUUCCUAACUGAUGUCGAGAAGAAGAAAAAGCUUGGCAUGCCGGGACUGCCAACCGAGGAAGAAGUAGUUACCUUUAUGUUCACCAAAAAUCCUAUUUUACAAGUUUAUGUGGACAACAUUGAAGAGGCAAAAGAACUAGUCUGGAGAAAUAUAGGAGGAGACAUAUCAGCAUUACUGAUGGAAAUCGUUUUUAACAUUGCACGCAUUUUCUCAUCGUCACGGGAGAACCUUCUGGACAAGUUUGCCUCUGCUAUUAUCAGCUUCAUUUUAUACAGCGAUCAAUCUCACCUGAUCAGUAAGAACAGCUGCCACAGGAUCUGUGAGACAGUGAUGGCUUCGGGACAUCACGCCAGCAUCUUAGAAGCAGCUGCCAAAGUGCUGAGCACCAGUGGCACUCUGAUGACUCGGGGGGAGUAUCUGCCUGGCUUCGUGGCUUUGUUUGAUUAUGUCAGGCCUUCCUGUGUGGAAGUCUUCAUGAGUAAAGACACAGAAGAGUUUCCACCAAGCUGGCAAGUCUCUGGUCUGGAGGCAUUGUCCAAACAGAACAUUGAACUCAUACUCACUAUAAAUGACAUAAAGAGUUCUAUACAGUUUUCUGAGGCAUGUCUCCGGGCAGUCACUGGCCCAGGAAGUUUUUGUCGGCUGACCAAGUUCGGAGGUGAAUUGACAGAGGUCGGGAUGCAGCUUCUUCCUGAAAGUCUGGAGGAGCUGAACACCAAGUCUGACGCGGAGGGAGUGCGGGCUCUAGUGCCGAGGCUCCAGCACCUACAGAGGCUUCAGACCUUAGACUUCAAGGGCCAGCUGACAGCCGCCGAGGUGAGCCUUCUGCCCCGCGCCCUGAGGAAGCUGAGCGUGGAGACGGACGCGGAAGGCUUCCGGGCAUUAGCAGCGAGACUUCCUCGCCUGGAGAAGCUGCAGGAAUUAGAGUUCGAGGGUCACCUGACAGAAGCAGAGAUGCCCCUCCUGCCCGAGGUGCUCUUCUCGCUCAGGGUCCGGACAGACGCCGCGGGUCUCCGGGCUCUGGCAAGGAGACUUCCCCGCUUGACGAAGCUCUUCUCCCUAAAUGUAAUGCUGCUGGACUGUCCUCUGGCUGACUCUUUGAGCGCCCUUCCCUGUGAGGUGCCGUUGCUGACUCUGGACCUCCAGCAUGUCACGCCCCCUUCCUGGGAGUGGGUGUGCGACGCCGUGCAGGUCCUCUGCUCUGCACGUAGACAAGAGUUCCGAGUGGACGUCCCGUUAAGCUGCGACGCUCCUCAGAUGCAGCGCAUCAGGCAGGAGCUACGAGGCCGGGGCGCUGAAGUGGUCGGGGAAAGUCCGAAGCAGGUGUGGAUCCUGUCGUGGAAACUCUGUUGCAAGUUGUAGGUCGCGAUGGAACGCCUCGGGUCCCCUGGGGGACGCCUGCGCAGCACCGGCCGCAGGAGUUUCAGGAGUAAUCGACACACAUACACACAUAGAUAUAUAUACAUACAUAUAUAUGUAUGUAUAUAUAUAUAUAUAUAUAUAUAUAUAUAUAUAUAUA